UUACAUAAACAAAGGCGGUGUCAGUUAUAAAAGGUCACACUCGUUAGAACGCAUUUCGACUAACGGCACAUCUGGUUCGAAAAAUCAAUAAGAAGAUGAAGAUCAACAAAGCCUGUGAUCUCAGCUCGAUUUCUGUUCUUCCUCCUCAAUCACGAAGGAGAUCAGGUGUCUCAUGUAGUCUGCCAGAGAUGUCUUCAACGUUGAGGCUCAGCCAAGCACCAUCACAGCAGCAGCAGCAGCAGCGGUCGCAGCAAUCAAUUUCUCAGGGGAUUUCAUCUCAGCAUAACUUCUCUCAGUUCUCGCAGAAUUCUCAAGAUGACACGCUGACAAACGACCAGCUAAUUGUUUCUCAAGAAAGAGAGAAUUCUGUGAGACGGUUUUCAUUCUUACCUCCAGUCAAUCACACACGGGACGAAAGUCAAAUGUUAACAUCAAGAUCUUCCACUGCUCUAAUCCGUAAAUGGGGUCCUGGUGUUUCAGAGCAAAGAACAGGCCAAAUGAGUGAAGAAUUCGAGCGCAGGAUUGGAACGAUAGAAAGUUCACUAAGCAGGUUUGGGUUGAUGAUGGAAUCUCUUCAGACAGAUAUAAUGCAAAUCAAUAAAGGAACAAAAGAACUAACUAUGGAUAUGGAAAGCAUACGCCAAAAGUUGAAUGCACAGGACAACUCCCUGCAGAUAAUUAACAAGGGGCAAGAAGAUGUCAAAUCUAGCUUACAGGGAGAACUGAAGUUGAUUUCUGAUCAACUCAAUCAAAAAUCAUGUCACCAGAACUCACAAGACAUUUCCAUCUUGCUCUCUAAUCUACAAGAAAAAGUUGGUUUUUUCAUAUCAAACUUACGUAAUGAUCUCUUUUCAUCCUUCACUAACGAAAUGCAGGCAUUGGGAUGUAAGCUUAAAGCAUUGGACCAAAACAAUCCAACACCCACCGUUCUCCCACCUAAAGCUGUCAGCUUUUGUGUCAAUCCUCAGGGAAUGUCCCCACAAAAGAAUCUACAAGUGCCUCCCAAGGUCCAAUUGGGAACUCAGAUUCCCAAGGUAGAAAUGGGAACGUGGAACUCGGUAAAACGUGAAAAGGUUACACUUGCAAAUAAAUAUUACAGCAGGGGACACAAUCACAACAGUGUAUCCCAUACUGAACCGGAAAGAGAAUUGAGGGUAGUCAUUGAAUCUGAUGAAGAUAUUGAGGGAGGCUUCACAUUCUUUUCCGAUGAAAAGGAAACAGAUGUAGGAAGGUAUUCAAUUGAGAAAGCAAAGGAAGAAACCGCGCGUAUUCUAAGGAAAGCAAGGAGAAGAAAGAGAAAACAGUGCAAUACUAUAAUUAUAAACUGAAGAUGGUAGGACUGGGAUGAAUGAAUCAAUGCACAUUUUAACAGGUAUGUAAGGAUAUAGCUCAACUGUGAAUACCUAUACAUUGACUUCAUCGGACCGAUUCUCAUAGGACAUAAUCAUAUACACCAGUUUAGCUUUGCCUUUCCUGUAUUUUUUUGUAUAAAAUUGAGACAGGUAAUAGGCGCCUGCAAAUUGAAAACACGCUUUUUACGAUUCACAAAAAAGGCAGUUUAAAUAAUAAUAAUAAUGGAAAUGCAAAUAAAAAAACAAUUAGUUA